AUGGAAUAACCUGAAAAAAUUCAAGAAGAUCCUAAGAUGCUUUUAUUGACAAUGGAAUUAAAUAGAAUGGCAUAUGAAAGAUAGAUUAUUAAAUCUAAGGAAGAAUUUUAAAAGAAUAAUAAUUCUAAUAAAGAUAAUCAAUAAAUUAAAGAAUAUGAGAAAUAAAUGAAAUAACUUAAAGAAGCUCUAAAUUAAAAAGAUAAAAAAUUAGAAUAAUUAGUUUAAGAACUCAAUUAAGAAAAAUAAAAAAACCAAUAACUCUAAAAAUAAAUAGAUAGUAUUUAAAAAUAAAUUUAAUAAACUAAAGAACCUAAAAUUCAUUCAUAAGCAGACUAAAAAUUUCUUCAAUAAUAAUUAUUAUAGUAAAAAUUACAAUAAUAGACUCAAAAAGCCUAACCUUAAAUUUUGAUGUAGACUGUUUAAUAAAAAGGAAAUCCAAACUCUAAAUAAAAUCUAAAUUAGUAACAAUAGUAAUAGCCUCCAAUAAUUUAAUAAUAAUAUUCAUAGUAAUUAUAUCAACAUCAAUAAUAAAAAUCUUCAUAAUCUAAGCAUACAUCAAAUCAAUAAAAGUAAAUGUAUUAACCUUAACAAUCAUAAUAUCCUUAAUAACCUAUAUAAAUAUAAUAUAUGCAGACAAGAAAAUGA